GUUGGUGCCCGAGGGAAAAGGUCAGUUACUUUAGGGUUUAACGUUAUGUGUUGAAACGAUGCGUGUUGAGCGGUGCGUGAUUCACCUAGCAAGAAGAAUGAGUCCCCAGACGAGCAGCAGUAGCUCAAUGAACACAACCGAAGACGAAUCAGAAGUGACAUCAUGGCUAUUAUUUGCAUCCAGAGAUGUGAUUAACAAAAACAGAAAACCACAGGGGGAGGGAGGAAAUGCUACAUGCAAAAUUAUGUACCAUCUAUAUCUGAUGAAAUGAUGAGUUGAAUGAUUUGGAAAGACUCAACGACUCUUCACCAGAUGUUAUUGAGGAACCUGGAGAACCCGUCAGGAAUGAAGUGGAACAUUUGUGGCCUCCUGCUCAUUUUAUCGGUCCCCUUCUGCAUAUCUGUAGGACCUUGGUCUAAGCCCUGUGAUAAAACUCACAACUACUUAUGUCCUAUUCCUGGCAGCACUUCAAAUGAAACUGGAAAUUUGGAUAUAUUAAUCCUGGGUAGAGAUGGUUUCAUGGGAUACUUGAAAACAGGGAACAAGUCCACUAUUCUGUGCAGUUCUAGUGGAUCGUCAGUAAACGCUACACAACAACUACUCAGCAUGACUGUUUUUUCAUUCGAAGAAAAUACAAACUGUACAAAAAACACUUUGCCAACAAACAGCAGCGACUAUGGAGUGAUUUUAUCAAGAUACUCACCAUACAAACUCAGUAUAAGCAGAUAUGCUAUACCCACAUUUGUCUGUUUAAUUGAAGGGAAAUGCAGAAAUGGCACUUUGACAGACUGGAUUACGGGAGAUUGUAAGUGGACCAAUGAAACCAUCAAAUAUUUUGAGAAUGAUGUAUGUAACAUGACCUGCCUGAAUCCCACAAAGACGUGUCAGGAGGCAAAAUAUGAUUCCAAUUGUAGUGAUAUUAAUGCAGGUGAAGCAAGUAAAAUUAACAACAUUGAGAUCCAUAAUAAAAAAGCAACUUGUUUUAAGUGUGGAAGUCCUUUUCAAGUGGUGAAAGAAGUCUCCUUACCCAAAGGAAUGUCAGAUCAAUUUAAUGCUAAUAAAACAGAAACAGAUGCUGGUGCAGCUGCUGAGGCCAUGAAAAAUCUCUCCAGCAUUCUGUCUUUGAUGGAGAAUUUGACCAUUGCCUCUAUAUCCAUGGGUAACGUUAAAGGGAUUUUAAAGAAAAUUUCUACUGAGUCCGAAAUCAAGACGUCCUACUUCAUCUACUCUUCAGAAACUGACAUCAGAGUUUUAGAUGAUGUGGGCGAGCUGAAAAAUUACCCCAGUGCUUUCAGUAUUCCAGAGGAAGCCGCUAAGAAAGCACUCAACCAAACCACAGGAAACGCUUUUUUGGGUGUGUUCCGCUUUCCCAACAUGACAAAGGAUGCAGAGAACAGUACAGUUUUGAAUGAUGAGGUUUAUGCAAUCGAAAUGGGCACAGAAAUUUCCAAUCUGAGUGACGCCAUCAGCUUGACCUUCAAAACAGAUCAGACGGGAACUCCUGUUUGUAGAUCAUGGGAUGGAAACGGACAUCAGCCAAACUGGACAACCGAAGGGUGUAGUACCCUUAUAAAAGGAGAAAAUAUAACAUGUAAAUGUGAACACUUGACUUUCUUCGCUGUGCUCAUGAUCCCUCCAAAUGAAAAUCACUUCAUUUCCAAAAAUGACCUCACCGCUCUCACCUACAUCACCUACAUCGGCUGCGGCCUCUCCUUGUUUUUCCUGUCCAUUGGGCUCUUUAUGCACUUCCUCAUGAGGAAAGUGAAGGCCACUGAUUCAGUCCGCGUGCUGAUUAAUCUCUUCAUGGCGCUGUUCCUGCUCAACGUGGCCUUCCUGUCGAAUGAGUACGUAGCACGUGCAAAGGACAUCACUGCCUGCAAGGUCAUGGCUGGAUUCAUGCACUACUGCUUGCUAUCCAGUUUCACCUGGUUUGCAGUGGAGGCUUUUCACCUCUGCCUGCAGAUAGCCAAACAUUCAGUCACCAUCAAACAUUACAUCAUCAAGAUCUCUGUGGUUGGCUGGGCUCCUCCUGCUCUUGUUGUCAGUAUCAUUUACGUCUUGGGCAAAUAUGGUGAGCAGACCAUAACAACGGACACAAGCAAUGUAACUAUGUGCUGGAUUUUGGACUCUGAUGUCCACUACUACGUGAACAUCGGUUAUUACUGCUUCAUCUUCAUCUUCACUUUUAGCACCUUCGUUGUUGUGCUGCGAUGGCUCUCCAUGCUGAAGCUGAGCAGGUUGAACAAGGUUGAAAAGGUGCAGCGCUCAAGAACCGCCACUUCGGACAUCACCACCAUCCUGGGCCUCUGCUGUAUGCUGGGACUCACCUGGAGUUUUGCCUUUUUCAGCUUCGGAGCUCUGCGUCUGCCCUCGUACUACAUAUUCACCAUCCUGAACUCCUUCCAAGGAUUCUUCUUGUUCAUAUAUUACUUGAAAUCAAGCAGCCUCUUAGGAGACUCAGCAGCUUCAGAAGAGAGUGACAUGACUGAAGACACCAAUACAGAAAAUCCAUACGAAGACCUGCCAACAGAAGACACCAAAAAAGCCAUCUGACCAUCACCUCUACGUCUGUGGAUUUUAAAUGUCUUAUCUGUCUAUUGAUAUUUUACAUUCGUUUGUAGUAUUAUAGU